AUUUUUCACAAACUAUGUUUUUCUUCUAAAACUGACAACAUAUAUGGUUUGAGUAAGUUCUUCUUUUGGUAAAUCCAUUUCAAGCUUUUUGUUUCCCCUGGAACCUCUUGUAUCCCUUUGUAACCCCCUGUAACCCCCUGUAACCCCUUGUAACCCCCUGUAACCCCUGGUAAACCCCUCGUAACCCCCUGUAACCCCUCGUAAUCCCUUGUAACCCCCUGUAAAUAUAUAUUGUUUUAUUAUGUGCUAGAGAGGAAAAAAUGCAUUUUAGAUUACAAAAAUGCCCUUUUAAGAUAAUGGACAAAAUUUCCAAUUUUUUAAAGGGGUUUACCCAUGAUUUUGAGCAAGAAUUGGUAUUUUCUUCAAAGUUUGUUUUUCUUUUCAAAAGCCUAACAUAUAUUGCUUGAUUACCUUCUAGAAGGUGAACAAGGGCUUUUAGACUGUAAAAAUGUCCUUUUCACAUAUUUACAAAAAUUUUCAUUUUUCACAUAGUCGAAACAUUGCAUUUUUUGCACCUAUGAUUUUAGUCAAAAAUUGGCAUUUCUGUCAAUCUAUGUUUUUCUUAUCAAAACGCCAAAAUAGAUUGUUUGAUUAUCUAUUAGAUAGAAAAGAUCGCUUUUUAGACUAUAAAAAUGUUCUUUUCACAUGGUCGAAAAAUUUGCAUUUUUGCAAAGGGGUUAACCUAUGAUUUUGAUCAAAAAUUAGCAUUUUUCACAAACUAUGUUUUUAUUCUAAAAUUGACAACAUAGAUGGUUUGAUUAAGUUCUUUUUUUGGCAAAUCCAUUUUAAGCUUUCUCUUUCCCCUGUAACCCCCUGGAACCCCUUGUAACCCUUUGUAACCCCCUGUAACCCCCUGUAACCCCUUAUAACCCCCUGUAACCCCUUUUAACCCCUGGUAACCCCCUGUAACUCUUUGUAACCCUUUGUAAUCCGCCGUAAAGAUAUAUUGUUUUAUUAUUUGCUAGAGGGAAAAAAUGCAUUUUAGACUAGAAAAAUGCCAUUUUAAGAUAAUCGAAAAAAUUUCCAAUUUUUUAAAGGGGUUUACCCAUGAUUUUGAGCAAGAAUUGACAUUUUCUUGAAAGUUUGUUUUUCUUUUCAAAAGCCUAACAUAUAUUGCUUGAUUACCUUCUAGAAGGUGAACAAGGGUUUUUAGACUGUAAAAAUGUCCUUUUCACAUAUUUACAAAAAUUUUCAUUUUUCACAUAGUCGAAAAAUUGCAUUUUUGCAAAGGGGUUAACCUAUGAUUUUAGUCAAAAAUUGGCAUUUCUGUCAAUCUAUGUUUUUCUUAUCUAAACGCCAAAAUAGAUUGUUUGAUUAUCUAUUAGAUAGAAAAGAUCGCUUUUUACACUAUAAAAAUGUUCUUUUCACAAGGUCGAAAAAUUUGCAUUUUUGCAAAGGGGUUAACCUAUGAUUUUGAUCAAAAGUUAGCAUUUUUCACAAACUAUGUUUUUCUUCUAAAAUUGACAACAUAGAUGGUUUGAUUAAGUUCUUUUUUUUGGCAAAUCCAUUUUCAAACAAAUUUCUCUUUCCCCCCUGUAACCCCUGGAACCCCUUGUAACCCUUUGUAACCCCUGUAACCCCUGUAACCCCUUAUAACCCCCUGUAACCCCUUUUAACCCCUGGUAACCCCCUGUAACUCUUUGUAACCCUUUGUAAUCCGCCGUAAAGAUAUAUUGUUUUAUUAUUUGCUAGAGGAAAAAAAUGCAUUUUAGACUACAAAAAUGCCAUUUUAAGAUAAUCGAAAAAAUUUCCAAUUUUUUAAAGGGGUUUACCCAUGAUUUUGAGCAAGAAUUGGCAUUUUCUUGAAAGUUUGUUUUUCUUUUCAAAAGCCUAACAUAUAUUGCUUGAUUACCUUCUAGAAGGUGAACAAGGGUUUUUAGACUGUAAAAAUGUCCUUUAACAUAUUUACAAAAAGUUUCAUUUUUCACAUAGUCGAAAAGUUGUAUUUUUGCAAGGGGGUUAACCUAUGAUUUUAGUCAAAAAUUGGCAUUUCUGUCAAUCUAUGUUUUUCAUAUCAAAACGCAAAAAUAGAUUGUUUGAUUAUGUAUUGGAUAGAAAAGAUCGCUUUUUAGCCUAUAAAAAUGUUCUUUUCAUAUGGUGGAAAAAUUUGCAUUUUUGCAAAGGGGUUAACCUAUGAUUUUAGUCAAAAAUUGGCAUUUCUGUCAAUUUAUGUUUUUCUUAUCAAAACGCCAAAAUAGAUUGUUUGAUUAUCUAUUAGAUAGAAGAGAUCGCUUUUUAGACUAUAAAAAUGUUCUUUUCACAUGGUCGAAAAAUUGCAUUUUUCCAAAGGGGUUAACCUAUGAUUUUAGUCAAAAAUUGGCAUUUCUGUCAAUCUAUGUUUUUCUUAUCAAAACGCCAAAAUAGAUUGUUUGAUUAUGUUUUAGAUAGAAAAGAUCGCUUUUUACACUAUAAAAAUGUUCUUUUCACAUGGUCGAAAAAUUUGCAUUUUUGCAAAGGGGUUAACCUAUGAUUUUGAUCAAAAAUUAGCAUUUUUUACACACUAUGUUUUUCUUCUAAAAUUGAAAACAUAGAUGGUUUGAUUAAGUUCUUAUUUUGGCAAAUCCAUUUCAAGCUUUUUCUUUCCCCUGUAACCCCCUGGAACCCUUUGCAACCCCCUGUAACCCCCUGUAACCCCUUGUAACCCCCGUUAACCCCUUGUAACCCCUCGUAACCCCCUGUAACUCUUUGUAACCCUUUGUAAUCCGCCCUAAAGAUAUAUUGUUUUAUUAUGUGCUAGAGGGAAAAAAUGCAUUUUAGACUACAAAAAUGCCAUUUUAAGAUAAUCGAAAAAAUUUCCAAUUUUUUAAAGUGGUUUACCCAUGAUUUUGAGAGAGAAUUGGCAUUUUCUUGAAAGUUUGUUUUUCUUUUCAAAAGCCUAACAUAUAUUGCUUGAUUACCUUCUAGAAGGUGAACAAGGGUUUUUAGACUGUAAAAAUGUCCUUUUCACACAUUUACAAAAAGUUUCAUUUUUCACAUAGUCAAAAAGUUGUAUUUUUGCAAAGGGGUUAACCUAUGAUUUUAGUCAAAAAUUGGCAUUUCUGUCAAUCUAUGUUUUUCUUAUCAAAACGCCAAAAUAGAUUGUUUGAUUAUGUUUUAGAUAGAAAAGAUCGCUUUUUAGACUAUAAAAAUGUUCUUAUCACGUGGUGGAAAAAUUUGCAUUUUUGCAAAGGGGUUAACCUAUGAUAUUGAUCAAAAAUUAGCAUUUUUCACAAACUAUGUUUUUCUUGUAAAAUUGAAAACAUAGAUGGUUUGAUUAAGUUCUUAUUUUGGCAAAUCCAUUUCAAGCUUUUUCUCUCCCCUGUAACCCCUUGGAGCCCCUUGUAACCCUUUGUAACCCCCUGUAACCCCCUGUAACCCCUUGUAACCCCCUGUAACCCCUUGUAACCCCUCGUAACCCCCUGUAACCCCUCGUAACCCCUUGUAACCCCCUGUAAAGAUAUAUUUUUUUAUUAUGUGCUAGAGGGGAAAAAAUGCAUUUUAGACUACAAAAAUGCCAUUUUAAGAUAAUCGAAAAAAUUUCCAAUUUUUUAAAGGGGUUUACCCAUGAUUUUGAGCAAGAAUUGGCAUUUUCUUGAAAGUUUGUUUUUCUUUGCAAAAGCCUAACAUAUAUUGCUUGAUUACCUUCUAGAAGGUGAACAAGGGUUUUUAGACUGUAAAAAUGUCCUUUGGACAUAUUUACAAAAAUUUUCAUUUUUCGCAUAUUCGAAAAAUUGCAUUUUUGCAAAGGGGUUAACCUAUGAUUUUAGUCAAAAAUUGACAUUUCUGUCAAUCUAUGUUUUUCUUAUCUAAACGCCAAAAUAGAUUGUUUGAUUAUGUAUUAGAUAGAAAAGAUCGCUUUUUAGACUAUAAAAAUGUUCUUUUCACAUGGUCGAAAAAUUUGCAUUUUUGCAAAGGGGUUAACCUAUGAGUUUGAUCAAAAAUUAGCAUUUUUCACAAACUAUGUUUUUAUUCUAAAAUUGACAACAUAGAUGGUUUGAUUAAGUUCUUUUUUUGGCAAAUCCAUUUCAAGCUUUCUCUUUCCCCUGUAACCCCCUGUAACCCCUUUUAACCCUUUGUAACCCCCUGUAACCCCCUGUAACCCCUUGUAACCGCCUGUAGCCCCUUGUAACCCCUCGUAACCCCCUGUAACCCCUCGUAACCCCGUGUAACCCCCUGUAAAGAUAUAUUGUUUUAUUAUGUGCUAGAGUGGAAAAAAUGCAUUUUAGACUACAAAAAUGCCAUUUUAAGAUAAUCGAAAAAAUUUCCAAUUUUUUAAAGGGGUUUACGCAUGAUUUUGAGCAAGAAUUGGCAUUUUCUUGAAAGUUUGUUUUUCUUUUCAAAAGCCCUAGAUAUAUUGCUUGAUUACCUUCUAGAAGGUGAACAAGGGUUUUUAGACUGUAAAAAUGUCCUUUUCACACAUUUACAAAAAUUUUCAUUUUUCACAUAGUCGAAAAAUUGCAUUUUUGCAAAGGGGUUAACCUAUGAUUUUAGUCAAAAAUUGGCAUUUCUGUCAAUCUCUGUUUUUCUUAUCAUAACGCCAAAAUAGAUUGUUUGAUUAUGUAUUAGAUAGAAAAGAUAGCUUUUUAGACUAUAAAAAUGUUCUUUUCACAUGGUCGAAAAAUUUGCAUUUUUGCAAAGGGGUUAACCUAUGAUUUUGAUCAAAAAUUAGCAUUUUUCACAAACUAUGUUUUUCUUCUAAAAUUGACAACAUAGAUGGUUUGAUUAAGGUCUUAUUUUGGCAAAUCGAUUUCAAGCUUUCUCUUUCCCCUGUAACCCCCUGGAACCCCUUGUAACCCUUUGUAAGCCCCUGUAACCCCCUGUAACCCCUUGUAACCCCCUGUAACUCCUUGUAAUCCCUCUUAACCCCCUGUAACCCCUCGUAACCCCGUGUAACCCCCUGUAAAGAUAUAUUGUUUUAUUAUGUGCUAGAGGGGAAAAAAUGCAUUUUAGACUACAAAAAUGCCAUUUUAAGAUAAUCGAAAAAAUUUCCAAUUUUUUAAAGGGGUUUACGCAUGAUUUUGAGCAAGAAUUGGCAUUUUCUUGAAAGUUUGUUUUUCUUGUCAAAAGCCUAACAUAUAUUGCUUGAUUACCUUCUAGAAGGUGAACAAGGGUUUUUAGACUGUAAAAAUGUCCUUUUCACAUAUAUACAAAAAUUUUAUUUUUCACAUAGUCGAAAAAAUUUCUUUUUUGCAAAGGGGUUAACCUAUGAUUUUAGUCAAAAAUUGGCAUUUCUGUCAAUCUAUGUUUUUCUUUUCAAAACGCCAAAAUAGAUUUUUGAUUAUGCACUAGAUAGAAAAGAUCGCUUUUUAGACUACAAAAAUGUUCUUUUCACAUGGUCGAAAAAUUUGCAGUUUUGUGAAGUUGUUAACCUAUGAUUUUGGUCAAAAAUUAUCAUUUUUGACAAACUAUGUUUUUUUUUUUCAAGUUGACAAGGUACUUGGUUUGAUUAAGUACUUUUUUGGCAAAUUCGUUUCCAUAUUUCUCGUUCCCCACCAACUCCUUCUAACCCCUUUUAACCUUUUGUACCCCCUUGUAACCUCUUGUAGCCCCUUGUAUCCCCCCCGGUUUCCCUCGUAAGCCCCCGUAACCGCUUGACCGAAAAAUUUGCAUUUUUGCAAAGGGGUUGACUUAUGAUUUUUCUCAAAAAUUGUCUUUUUUGACAAACCAUGUUUUUCUUUUUAAAACUUUUAAAUAGAUUGUUUGAUUUUGUAUUAGAUUGAAAGGAUCGCCGUUUAAACUUUAGAAUGUUUUGCAUUUUUGCAAAGGGGUUAACCUAUGAUUUUAGUUAAAAAUUCCCGUUUUUGACAAACCAUGUUUUUCUUUUCAAAUCGACAAAAGAGUUUGUUUGAUUAUCUUGUUUUUCUUUUUGUUUAAGCAUUUCGAUCUUUUUCUUUCUCUUUCAACCGGCUGUAACCCCCUGUCAUUCUUUGUAUUCCUGUGUAACCCUCUGUAACUCCCUUUAACCCCCUGUAAUCCCAUAUAUCCCCCUUUUAUCCCUUUUAACCCCUUGUAAUCCCUUGAGACCCAUCGUAACUGCCUCUAACCCCUCCUAGUCCCCUGUAAAGGUAUAUUAUUUCAUUAUGUGCUAGAAGGAAGAAAGGCUUUUAAGACUAUCAAAAUGCCAUCAAAGCGGUUAACCCAUGAUUGGAAUCUCUCUCUUUCGCUUGUAACCCCUUGUAACCCCUUGUAAUCUUUCUUAACUCGUUGUAACCCCGCGUGUUCCUCUGUAACUCCUUGUAAUUCUUGGCAACCGUGAGAUUCAAGGAACCAGAUUACUUGAAUAUAUUGUAUUUCUAUCUCGUCACUCGUUUUUCGGCAUUUAUCAGGGUUUUGAUUUUUUCUGAAAAACGAAUAAAAAAACAUUUAAAAUGAAGAUGCUUGUUUUUAGGGUGUUUCUUCAACAGGAGAAAUCACUUUCUUAUUUGAGGAGAAAAUCUAUACGAGAAAUCUUUAGUUUCUUACUGAUAAUGGCGGGUCCGGUUUUAAAGUUGGUCGAAGAAGCCUAUCUAUUUAGAAUUCUUUACUCAGGUUAUUAUGUACGCUAUUUUUUAUAGGUUCUAAAGAGCUUUCGUCCUUAUACCCCUGUCAGCAAAGAAGCACAAGAGUUGAAGCACAUUAUAAAGAAACCACAUUUUCAGGUGAAACCCUUGAUCAUUCAUUGUUAUUGGUUUCUUAACGUAUGUUUUGCCCACAACAAAAGUUUUCUAUAACAUAGUGGCCUAUAUCAGAGUUGAUCUAUAAACGUGUAGUCGAAUCGACCACUUGAGUCUGAGCGAGUGAAAUUAAUUGUCAUUUAUUGUCUCUGUUUUGUUAAUGUCUGUUUCGCCCCCAUACAGGAGUUGUCCAUACAUUGUCGCCCAUAUAGAAAUUGAUAUGUGAACGUUUGGGCGACUCGACCACAAGAGUAUGAGCGAGUGAAAUUUUUGAUCAUUUACUAGCCUAACUAUAAUUAGUUUCUUAAUGUCUGUUUCGCCCACCAACAAAAGUUGUCAAUACAUGGUCGCCUAUAUAGAAGUUUAUAUGUAAACGUGUAGGCGAAUUGACCAUAAGAGUAUGAGCGAGUGAAAUUCUCUGCGUUUCACUAUUUUGUCUAAGCCUGAGUACUUGUCUGAUGUUUCUUUGUUUUGUUUUUUGUAGGGCCUAUUACAAGCUCACGAUUUCAUCGCUAAGGGUCAACUCCCAUCAAACAUUACAGAUGAAAAAGGGUCAAGAAUGUUCUUGAUGAAUUUAAGUGAAGAGCUACAGGCAGGGGAUGAUGAAAAUACCAUUCCAGUGGAAAACGUUAAAACAGAAGAAACUGAAAAUAGGAGCAGCAGGGAUGAUUGUAACGGAAAUGACGAAACUAGUGUCAACGAAGAAUAUUAUGAAAAUGAUGACGGUGGUGAGGGUAAGGAUGAUGACGAUAAUGAUGAUGAUGAUGAUGAUUACGACGUCGAAAACGAAAAUUACGAUGAUGAAGGUAGCGGGAAGCAAGCAGAAGUAGGAGAGGAAUAUGGCUCAGACGAAAUGAAAGACGCAUCAGAUGAUAAUGCGCUGGAUGCUGAUUCUUUCUCCAAAGAUACUAAUCUUGAAAACAAACAUAACUCGGUUUUAACAGUGUGGGCACAAGGCACUGACUCAGCAAAUCCGGAGAAUUUCAAUUCUGAUCCACUGCGGUGGGAUAUAUCCACUCCUGAUACGGAGACUGUGGAAAAAUUAGACACAUUUUCGGCACACGUGGUAAAUCUCAAUGAUGUUAGCGAGGUUCGUGGUGCGACGACAGAAGAUGAAAAAAAUGUUAUACCAGCUUAUAUCAAAGAAGAGGAAUGUACUGAAGCCAAAGAUGAAAACUUGGUAAAUGGCGUCAAAAGUAGGGACAGCGAAGUUGAAUUCCAGAAAAAUGGCGAAGAAAAAGCCGUAAAAGAUGGGCAAAAAAGUGAAGUUGUUACCAGACAAAAGCUUGGGUUACCUGUGCUUUCACGGUUUGACAGCGCUGCAAAAACCGUCAGAUUGUUUAGGAAUGCUAAAGAAACACUUGUAAGUACAAUGUUUGCGAUUUGCAAUUAAAGUGUAAAUUAUAUCCUUAGAUGAUAAGAUUUUUUUAGUUAGUAGUAUGUUUUUGUCUAUUCUAUUUAGCAGACGCACUUAGUGGGUUGCCGGUUGACCGUGCUCACUCAAUCAUUAUGACAGUUCUGCUAAUUUUCCCUCACUACUUAAAAUAAGUUAUAACAGGAGGCCAUACCACAGAUAUCUGGCGAGAAAUUUUUAAUGUAUUUUUUAUCUCAGUAUUUAAUAACCGGGCUUUCCUACCCACCGUACGAUAAUUAAAAUGACGACUCCCGCUUAAACAAUUUGGUUAAUAGUGCUGGCGAUAAUCACUCACCAGCUUAUCCUAUUAGUAAUGGUAACAGGACUGAGUGGAGUCCAAUUCGGUCUGUAAUCAUACGAGUGAUUAACAAAAUCGGACGACCGCGUAGCGGGAGUCCGAUUUGUUUAAUUACGAGUAUGAUUACAGACUGAAUUGGACGACACGAAGUUCUGUUACCAAUUAAUCAUAACUUUAACAAAAUUUGUGAUAUAUAAGGCCCUUUUUUGAAAUUAAAACAGAAGAAAUUCCAAUUUUUUUUGCUAGUAGUGAAAAAAAAAGCCAUUUAAGCGCGCGCUUGAUGGCGCGUACUGUCCAAUUACUUAGGCAUGACGCGUACUGUCCUAUUAAAUUGUCCAAUUAAGGCUGAAAUCAGGGCAGUUGAUAGCCAAUCAGAUUUGAGAAUUUUGUUAUAGUUAUGAUUAACAAAUGAAUAGCAUGCAGAACAGGCAUCAUUUUUUGGCCUUAGCAAGGAACGCGAGACACACGCGACGGGGGGUAGCCCGUCGCGCGUGUCUCGAGCUCCAAGUCCGCUUCCUGCGCUUUGUGCUCCGCUCGCCCGAAAAGCGCGAAAAAAUAGAGCCUGUUCUUCAGGCUAUUGACCACCCCCCCCUCCCCUAAGUCAACGUAAACACUGUCUUAGUUCUCAUUGAGGGCAAAAUUGUGACCUAGGAGAGGGGUAGGUGGUCAGUCACCCAGAAACCUCAAUUGAUCCACAUCAAUUUUCUCCUAACAACAUCAGCAGAUCAUCCAGAGUAAAGGUUAUGAGAAUUACUUAAUUGAUUACCAAAGGGAAAACGUCUUAAGUCAAAUUCUCUCCACUAUUCUUAAAGGGACUUAAAGGGUUAAUACAUGUGUUUGUGUGAUCAUGGCUUUUUUACAUUGAAGUCGUCCUUGCCGAUAACUCUGUAGCCAUGGCAACAAUACACAAAUCAAGUCAUUUGUACGUUCUGCAGGGAAUUACUGUAAAAGCAGUCAAGGACACGGAAAACUCUGAACGCAUCAUCGUUGCAAGAAUUUUGAGCGGAGGGCUAGCUCAUACCUUUGGUAAGUAAAAAGAAAUUUGUUUAUUGAAUCAUGACAGUUUUUGACAGGAGGUAUUAAAGGAGAUUAACCUUUCUUAACACAAGCUUUAUUUGGAUUUUUAAGGUACACUUCAUGUUAAUGAUGAAAUAUUGGAAAUUAACGGCAGACGAGUGGAAGGAAUGACUGCUAACGAAGUUGCAGACCUGAUGGUAAGUAAACGAAAGAAUAAUUCUUAUUUUCACUCUUGGCCUCCUGAAAGUGCCUCAAAUCCAUAUUAUGUCGAAGAAUUUCAUUUCGUAAAAAGCUGAAAAACAAAUAAUACCAAAGCGAAAGUACAGCCUAAGACGUUUCGUUUGAACGGUUCAAUCAUUGGAUUUCAUUCACAAGCUCAAAAGUUAGAACAACAUUUACGUUUCUUCAGGUUUAACUCUGGAAGUGAAAGCUUGAAGUUCAAGGUUUCGAUGAUGCAUUCAAGGUUUCAGCUUUAUAUUAAAGGUGUGAGUCGGACCUCUAACCGAAACGAAUGUGCGCUUGUGUGCAAACUUGAUAACGAUAACAUGAGGAGCUUCUGAGAUACUUUUAACUUCUAGGCAAGAAAAACUGGAAGUUACUAUAGCAAAGCUAAAAUGCAAUUUUAAGUUUCAAAAAAGUCAAGAAACAACACUAGCCGACAUUGUCUGAAUAUCACUGCUCAAACUUUAUUGAUCGUGAAUGUUAUUUAUCCUUCACGUACUUAUACCUUAAACUGUUCAUACAAUCGAUAUAAAAAGACGAAUAUUUUGCCCCUGUUUACGUCGUCUUUCCGUAAGCCUGGAAGCACUGCAUCGUAAAAUCGAAUUUUUUUUAAAUGGCUUUCUGUUAGCGUAGCUUGGAAAAUGAGAAAAAGCAAAUAACGUUACUAACGCAUUUUCUUAUGAAUACCCGAAGUAGAUUGUCCCCGAUUUGGAAAGAAUUACAUUGUUCAAGAUCCUCUAUGUUCUAAGUCCUGUGAUUGUAUUUUAGAGGGCGAACCGUAGAGCUUGUUAGCCUUAAUAUACCAUGAUCGAGGAGCGAUUUUCUUAAAUGAAUCUUUUCGCGUUUGUCAGAACGCAUCCUAAUCUGGUGCUCCUGUGGCACUAAGGCAGAAAUUUUCGAGCUAUCACGGGCGACUGCAAAUUAGCCGCGCCUAUUAAUUUUAUCAGGGGCACCUCGGCCGGGAAACUGGACUCCUUUCGACUCGAUUUCGUCUCCUUAAUUUUUCGUAAGUGAAGAACGCGGAUCCGUUAUCAAUGAUUGCCUCUAAUAUUACUCUUCUCUCGUCUUUACCCAUGUCUUAGGAUGGAAUAACAGGGAGUGUUGAUUUCAAGAUUGUUCCCUUGAGAAACGACAGGAAACUUACAAGAGAGACAAAGGUACAGCUAAACAAUCCCAGGGGGGUAGUCAACAAAGUUUUAUACAUGGAGGCUCCGAUCCGAGGUUCAACUGCUUCCCUUUUAUAUACCAUUUUUGACAGAAAGGGUAGCCCUUUCAUAUACCUACCAUUAAAAAAAUGACACCCCUUUCACAUACUGGUAUAGAUCGUCACAUUCCAGAGCCGUAGCUAGGGGGGGGGCAAGCAGCUGCCCCCCCCCGAACCUGUUGAGCCAAACAAAUCAAGUCUGUGGAUGGAUUUGUUUUCUGCAGACUCCUUUAUUUUGGUUAUUGUUUGCCACUUAUAUAUUCGAGGUCAAGUUUUGGAAGACAUAUCUCAUGACAAGUGUUGAAAAUAACGUUUUGGAGCCUCCAAAUUUGAAAAUUUUCCGAGGGGAUACUGCCAGACCCCCCUACAAGGCUCGUACCUUCGGCACUUGCGAUAUUCCCCUCCCCCGCCGCCCGUUACACAAGACCUAGCUAAGGCCCUGCAUUCCUUUUGACUUCUGUAAUUACACUGCCUUUAAGAAUAUGAAAAAGUCACAAAACCAGGAAAUUUUGUCGAGUUUUUCACAACCAUAAAUUUUUCUUCGAGCCAUUUUAGAGUCUUUUCAGGAAACUGAAUUGACAGUUUUUCCUACCCUUUUAUAUACAUUUACGCACUUUCAACAGGAAUUCCACUAGCCUACCCUGUGCCAGGCUCCCAGAUACCGUCAAAUUCCGAGAAUAAGCCCUGGGGCUUAUAUUUUUCAAAGGCCCUUUUUGAGGGGCUCAUGUUUGGAGGGGCCUAUGUUCGGAGGGGCUUAUGUACAGAGGGAAAUUUGAGUUUCAAAUUCGAUUGGGCUGGCUUGCAGUGGGAAGGAAAUUUACCAUUUUUGCUUUGUUUUACUUUGAAUUCGAGGCAAAUUCCAGGUACACUCCUCCGAGGGGCUUAUAUUCGGAGGGGCGAUUUAACGGAGGGUUUUUUGCGUUACGAUUUUGGGGGGCUUAUAUUUGGAGGGGCUUGUACAUGCAAGGGCUUAUUUUCGGAAUUUUACGGUAGUAGGUUCCCCCAUGUAAGAGAAUCCAAGACUGGAUUCCCUUUCAGACAUUCUGGAUUCCAUUCAAUGGAUUCCGGAUUCCAGGUACUGUAUUCCAGUCUUUGUCCCUGGAACUUGGAUCCUGGAUUCCAAUCCUUAGUGGGAUUCAGGAUUCCCUGAGCUAUAUUCUGGAUUCCAAAGCCCAGGAGUCCGGUUUCCACAAGCAAAACUUACCCUGAUUCCGGAAACUUUUCCGGAAACUUUUUUUACCCUGAUUCAAAACUUUUCCGGAAUCCGGAAUCCCUUACAAGGGGGCGAUAGCAGGGCAUCCCGAAAACACAAAACAGACGAAAAAAAGACACGCCUCAUCUUUCCCCAAUAACCGUGCUUUUUCACAUCAUAGAUCAGUUAUCACGAUUAGACUGUAUUAUAUUUUACGCCCGCUUCAGACUCCGUACUUCUCAUGAGCCGAACUUAAUACAUUGAACUAAGUUUUUGAAAAGUUCGGCGUCUGAAUCAAAUAGGAACGCCUGUUUCAAUUUGGAACGGCUCAGCCCUUCUUUCCGCUUAGCCCGGCCGGGAAUUUCGCCUUUGGAUCGACUUUGGAACGCCUUUGAUUCAGACGCCGAACUUUUCUGUACCGAACCUAAUGCAUAAAUUCUUAUGACGUAUUUUGUAAGCGGUUUGACCCAAAUGAGCAUUUUUUUUCCUUCUGAAUUCAGUUCGGCUGGAAUUAACAUCGGCGUCCGAAUCAAUUCAGCCAGUCUAAAUAAUCUGGGUCGGCCUUAAUUCGAAUUAAAUUCGGCUCAUGAAAAGUUCGGCGUCUGAACCGGGCUUAGAGGCUGUUACAGGCUAAAUUUCUACUGAUCCAUGAAGAAGUGACACAGGUUUCGAUAACGUUUCACAGUUGAUUCAAAGUUACAGUUUAGAUCUCGCUGCAGUCUCUCGCCUCAUUUUCGUCCUUUUUUGGUACAAUCUUCCUUGUGUGUUAUCGAAAGGUGAGCCUAAGAGCCUUCUUUGAUUACAAUCCUCUGCAAGACCCGCUGAUACCUUGUAAGGAAGUGGGGAUUGCCUUUUCCACGGGAGACAUCCUGCACGUUGUCAACAUGGAAGACGCAAAAUGGUGGCAGGUGAGUUGAACAGGGCCCUUAAGAUCGGAGGACGGUGACGGCAGCAAAAACGUCGCUCAAAAAUUGAAAAUCUUAAUCGUGAUUAUUCCAACUCUAAUGGCUUCGUCAAAUGUAGACUAACUUUCCUGGAGUUGAAUUCUUUAGAACCAUGUCCAAGUGCAGAAACAGAAUUUUGCCGUCCCUUGUAUACGUCCUCCAUAAAACGCGAAAAUAGGCAUUUUCACGUCGUAGUCGUGCAGUGACGGCAAAGCAAUGUACAGAAAACAUUUAUGCACGUGCAAAGUUGUUGUUUUGCUUAAAUCUGUUUCUUUUUUGACGUUGUCGUUGCCGUCGCCAUCGUCAGAUCUUAAAAGGUCCUUGUUAUGCCUCAUUCGAAAAGACACAUCAUAUAAUGUUUUCCACAGGUUCCAGUGUUUGAACUAUAUUUUGUGUCUCCGCAGACGACUUUGGAAGCAAACGUGAAGCGACAGAUACGAGAUUUGAUGAAGGAAAACAAUGCUUUUACACCAGCGUUUUUCAUUUUAGGCUUUUUCCCGGUUAAGAGCCUACAUUAAUUUUUUUUAUGGAAAAUGUAGGUGGCACUGGGCUCAAAGCGACAGAAAAUUAUAAGUGGUACUGAUUGUCGCUGUUAUUCAGAUUUACAUGAUCUUACGCCGAUAGUUGCCUUAUCUUGUACAUGCUGAAAUCUAGAAAGUUUUCCCGGUAAAAACACUUUGUACUGGUAAAUAAAUGCAAUACCACAGCUAUUAUAUUUUCCCAACUUACAAUUAGUUCUACCAUUCUAGGCCAGAAAGGACGGGUGCAGUCACGAUAAAGCAGGACUCAUUCCAAGCAAGGACUUUCAAGAAAAGUAAGAUUGAGCAUCCGUCUGAUCAGCUGCGAAUUGCAGUAAUUUCGUCAUUGCAGUAUAAGGCAUCGUGAUUGGCUGAGACAUCUCAUGCCAGCUUAUCAACCAAUGACGAGUAAACCUAAAACCAAUCGCAGCUUGCCCUCGGGCGUUUUCCCGCUCUUUACGAAAGCUUUUAUUUCUGAUUGGUUUAUUGGACUCGCUGCCUUUGGCACUCGCAUGCUUGUGCUAUUUGAAUGACUUAGAACUCUUCUAGCCAGUUACUAGUAAAACCAAAACCUAUCACGGCUUCCUUGCGCAUGGCAAUCUCGUGCCAUGUUUUAAGCCAAUCUCAAGUAUGGCACCGCAUAUGUCUUAUUUCGCUUUACUCAGGGAAAUGGCUCUCGAGUACUUAUUGUUUGAUUAGAAUCUCUGCGUCAUUUAUGAUUGGCUACAUUGUCGACCAAUUACAAGUCAAGGAAAACAAACCUUGGCAUACGAGCAUCUCUUUUCCCGUGCCUUACGCCAGGUACAGAAAUUGGCUUUGAGUUCUUGUUGGUUGGUUAAAGCCUGGUUCUGCAUCUUUUAUGAAAGUAAUCGUUUUGUUAUGAAUUUCGCAACACCAAUCGAAAGCCGCUUCAUAGGGUGACUUAGAAUUUGAUUCCUUUUAAUAGCCGACGCCAAGUGUUAAAUUAGAUUAAUGGUGGAACUCAUUCAGGUCAACCGUUUUUCUCUUCCAUUAACUUUAUUAUUUGCCUUUUAGACGUCAGCAGUUUAAAACGAUUUCACCUUCAAGUGACAUAAACGUUCAUCAGGACAAAAAUGGUAAAUAUCGGGGCCAUUGUUCCUUAAAAGAUGGUUAACUUUACUCCAGGAUUAAGCCAACUUUUAAUCAAGGUUUUGUUAACUAAGCAAAAAUAACACUAUUGAGCCUUUACUGCGAAAUACAGGGCUGAUAACACAAAAUGUUACUCUAAGCAAUACAUAGGACGAUAAAUUACAAAAACAGAACAAAAUUUUAAUCCUGGAUUAGCACUAAUCGGCUUUUCAGGAACCAGACCCAGGGUUCUAUCUAGGGUAUUUCCGGAUUACAAGCUUCCCCGCAAAAAUAUUGUUAUCAUUACUAGUAUAUAAGUAAAUAUAUCGGAAAAAUCAUCCAGACGUGACGAGGUCGGUGCACAUAAUUAGCAAUUAAUGAAUGAGGCUGAGUAGGAUGUGAAGAAUUAGGAAGAUCGACGAAGGUGUUAUCCACCCUCCGAGAUCUGCAUAAUUCUUUUUAUAUAAAUACCAUCAGGUCUGGAAAUAUACUCCAAAAAGCAGAUGUUGUCCGUCGAGUUGUCUUCUUGCUUUGUUUAAGCCAAUAGUUCGUCGUGAAACAACUAAAAUGUUCCCCCGACUAUUCGGCCAUUUUUCUUUUCACAACCAAAACAACUCAACUUCAUCCCCAAGUCUUCUCAAUUAACAGUGUCAAGGGGUAACAGGGGCAAACAUGGGUAACAAGGGUUAAUCAGGGGUAACAAGGGAUAACAAGGGGUAACAAGAGGUAACUGGGGUAACAGGGGUAACAAGGGGUAUCAAGGGGUAACAUGGGUAACAGGGGUAACAAGGGGUAACAGGGGUAACAAAGGGUAACUGGGGUAACUGAGGUAAUAGGGGUAACAAGGGGUAACAAAGGGUAACUGGGUAACAAGGGGUAACAGAGGGAACAGGGGUAACAAGGGGUAACAAGGGAUAACAGGGGUAACAAGGGGUAACAGGGGUAACAAGGGGUAACAAGGGGUAACUGGGGUAACAAGGGGUAACAAGGGGUAACAAGGGGUAACAGGGGUAACAAGGGGUAACAGGGGUAACAGGGGUAACAAGGGAAAACAAGGGGUAACAGGGGUAACAAGGGGUAACAGGGGUAACAAGGGUAACAAGGGGUAGCAAGGGGUAACAUGGGUAACAAGGAGUAACAGAGGUAACAAGAGUAACAAGGGGUAACAAAGGGUAACUGGGUAACAGGGGGUAACAAGGGGUAACAGAGGGAACAGGGGUAACAAGGGGUAACAAGGGGUAACGGGGGUAACAGCGGUAACAAGGGGUAACAAGGGGUAACACGGGUAACAAGGGGUAACAAGGGUAACAAGGGGGAACAGGGGAAACAGAGGUAACAAGAAGUAACAAGGGGUAACAUGGGUAACAUGGGUAACAGGGGUAACAAGGGUAACAAGGGGUAACAGGGGUAACAGGGGUAACAAGGGGUAACAAGGGGUAACAGGGGUAACAAGGGGUAACGGGGUUAACAGCGGUAACAUGAGGUAACUGGGGUAACAGGGGUAACAGGGGUAACAAGGGGGGUAAACAAGGGUAACAGGGGGAACAACAGAGGUAACAAGGGUAACAUGGGGUAACUGGGUAACAUGGGUAACUGGGUAACAAGGUAACAAGGGGUAACAAGGGGGUAACAACAACAAGGGGUAACAAAACUGGGUAACAGGGGGGGUAACAACAACAAAGGGUAACAAACAAGGGUAACAAGGGGGGUAACAGGGGUAACAGAGGUAACAGGUGUAACAAGGGUAACAAGGGGUAACAAGGGGUAACAAGGGGUAACAAGGGGUAACAAGGGGUAACAGGGGUAACAAGGGGUAACAAGGGGUAACAGGGGUAACAAGGGGUAACAAGGGGUAACAAGGGUAACAAGGGGUAACAAAGGGGUAACAAGGGGUAACAAGGGGUAACAGGGGUAACAAGGGGUAACAAGGGGUAACAGGGGUAACAAGGGGUAACAAGGGGUAACAGGGGUAACAAGGGUAACAAGGGGUAACAAGGGGUAACAGGGGUAACAAGGGGGAACAGGGGAAACAGCAACUUAUGCUCUUUUUACUGGUCGCAAAUUAAGUCGCAAACAGAUCACAGAAAUGCAGUUGCAAAGUUAAGGGUAAACAGAACACAGAAAUUAGUCGGAUCUGCAUCUAAAGAAUGUAAAUCCUUCUGCGUCAAAUUUGGAUCCUGGCCAGCCUUGUAGUCGUGCAUGAGCCGUGGUUUGAAAACCGUUCUACAGUGGAGAGUUCUAGUGAGCCACACUGCUUGCUGAUAAUUGGUUUAGUCCCAAAACAGUUAGAUCGUUACAUAUUUUUUAAAACAUGCUCCGGUGAGAUAGACGUAUUGAUGUAUGGGGUCACCUCUUCCCCCUGUAUCCUAACCCUUGUUUUGUCGUAACCAAGACAGUUUAAAAUAUCUUUUAUAUUUUUUAGGAAAGAGAACAUUACCAUUUUGGCGAAAAAGAAAGAAUGAUUUGAACAAGGUCUUGUGCAAUUUUGUCGAAGGUUUGUGCCCCUUUUAAAAAGCUUUACCAAGCUUUUAUUAAUUGGGAGUGAUAGAAGAAGAGAGUUAACUAGAAAAAAUAUCCUGGAUUUCAGGGAAUUAAUUCUGUAGGGCAGCUAUUGUAAAGGAGAGCACAUAUUGUUGGCAACUAGGGGCGUUAAUUUUUUUCUAUACAGGAAUCGAAGGCUUCCUGCCUUAACCUUCUAUAGACCCCUUAACCGCUGAAUAAGCCUUAAGCUUAUAACUACAACACAGACUCUUAGCUACGAUAGUCUUCUUUAGAAACAGUGCGAGGCAAUUCUGAUUGUUAAGUAAACGCUGCCUUCUUGCCUUAACCUUCUAUAGACCCGUUAACCGCUGAAUAAGCCUUAUAAGCGUAUAACUACAACACAGACUCUUAGCUACCAUAGUCUUCUUUAAAAACAGUGCGACGCAAUUCUGAUUGUUUAAGUAAACGCUUCACACAAAUUGCUCUUAACUAACGUAACCACUUAUUGACUCUUUUUUUUUUACUUUUUUUUAAUUUCAAUUUCAAAACAGAGGUAAAAAUGGACGGAUGGCCUGCCUAUGAACCUGUAGCUAAAUAUCUGGAAACUUCAGAGAAAAGAAGGCUUCUUUUGUUGAUUGGUAUGGUGACAACUCUGUAUCAGUUAUUGACAAGUCGUAGUAUACGUACUUAUUUACUUCCUUACUUAUUUAUCGAUACUUAAUGACUUACUUACUUAAUUGCUGAUUUGCUUGCUUACUUGCCUACCUCUAAUUACGCGUACAUACUUAAUUACUUAUUUCUUGUUGUCAGAUUCAUUUUUAGUUUAAUAUUCAUUUAACAGGGGCGUCUGGUGUAGGAAGAAACGAACUGAAGAAGAUGCUUCUGGCCAGCAACCCAGAUAAAUUUGUCACAACAGUUCCUCGUAAGAUAUAUUCUAUCCAAAAUUGCUCAUUUUAUUUCAGUCCUACGUAGUGUUUGAUGAUGUUGCAGUUAAUUUCACUCCUGAAACUUAGUUACGUCUCACAAUUGAAAAGGACGGUCGUGUCCGUUAUAUAUUAGUCGUCUGUCAAAAAACGACUCAAAGCGGGUUUUUUGGUCGACAAAAGUAUACAUUGCUAGGGCUUGUGAAUUCUUCCUCCACGAAAUCGAUACUGUCGAUCCUCUUUGAAGAUGGACAGCUUUGAGACUGGCACUGUGUGUCCCUCUAAGAGAGAUGUCCGUCUUAUAGAGAGUCAAAUAAAAGGAGGGAGAAAGGCAGGGACGGUGUCCAAACCGUUAGAGGAAUUGGGAUCAACUCCAGGUGUCCGUUCCGUCUUACGAGAGUGUCCAUCUUAUAGGGGCCAACUCUAGGUGUCUGUUUUAAGAGAGGUGUCCAUGACUGUUAAGAAUGAUUGAUUCCCCAACUUUAAGACGGACACCUUUGGCACCGCAUUGUGUGUCCUUCCAAGAGAGGUGUCCGUCUUAUAGAGAGUCAACUAAAAGGAGUAAAGAAAGACAGGAACCAACUCUAGGUGUCCGUUUUAGCGAGGUGUCCAUCUUAUAGAGGUGUCUGUUAAGAGAUAGUUGACUGUAUAAUCGACUCCCUUUAAGACGGACACCUUUGGCACCGGCACUGUGUGUCCUUCUAAAAGAGGUGUCCGUCUUAUAGAGAGUCAACUGAAAGAAGUAAAGAAAGGCAGGAACCAACUCUAGGUGUAUAGAGGUGUCCCGUUAAGAGCUAGUUGACGGUACUCCGUUGUGUUAAAUUUUAUGCGCUUUCAGAUACUUCAAGACAUAUGAGGAGUUAUGAAACAGACGGCAGGGAAUAUUUCUUUGUAUCGCGCCAGACAAUGGAGACUUUCAUAUCAAAGAAAAAAUUCAUCGAGUUUGGUGAAUACAAAGGUUGCUUAUAUGGCACGUCGAAGGACUCCAUAAAACGAGCUCUAAAAACUGGCAAAACAUGCGUUCUUAAAGUUCAGCCCGAGGUAAGUGUGUUAGCGACGUGUUCGGGUAAAAAGGGAUCAAUUUAGGUUUCGGGGAGACUCAACACCUACCCCUCCCCUAAGCCAACAUUAACACUUACUUCCUACUUAUGGCAAAAUUGUGAUGUGGGGUAGGGGUAGGUGGGCAGCCUCUUCCGCAGUACUUUUGCAUGUCAAUUAUUUAUUUUUAACAUGGUUAGUAUUUUACGAAAGAUGGGAAAGUGGUCUUCCAUAUGAAUUUUAGGGUUUGAAGUCUAAGGCUUAGCAAGGUAAAUUGUCUAAAUUUCCUUCAAGAAUAAAAAAGACUCCGCAACGUGUUAGUUCGCCGCAUCAGCGAAGAAGCCAUUGACUGAGUUUUGUUCGGGCAAAAAGAUAGCCCGAGUAAAAAUCGAACCGGGAGAGUAACGGGUAGAGAUGAAGCGAUGUUUUAUUUUGGGCGUAAAAAUCAGUUGUUGAGCUUUUGAUACAAGGACGGUUAAAGCCGAGACUUAUAUCAGGACAAAGUUAGACGCGUCUUGUAGAUUACAAUUUUUAAAUGGCCUCUUAACGUGAACUUGCGGCUUAAGUGUAAUAGCAAUACGGCAAGUUAGUGCAUUCGUCCGCGUGGUAUAAAUCCUGGCUUCUGAUUGGUUUGGUCCUUAAACAGACGUACUUUACAGUGGCGCAUACAGAACUUCAGAUUAGGGGGACCAGACCCUGAGAUAAGGGGGGGUCCGGUCUCAGAAAAAAAUUUUUUCGGCCCCUCGGGCCUCAGUUUGGUCUAAAAAUAAGGGGGAACCCCGGGCCGCUCCCCUGCAUCCGCCACUACUUUCCAACUUACGUUCACGUCUGAUGAGGGCGGAAGCUUAACAGUUGUUCCCCCCUGAUGUAAUUGGCGCUAGCAUCUCGUUAUCUUAUCUUGGACGUUUUGUUUGUUCCAUGUAGGUGAUGCUGUUAUUGCGAACAGCAGAAUUCAAACCUUACUGCAUCUUCAUCAAACCUCCGCCGCUGAAGGAACUUCGUACAUCUAGACUCACGGUACAGCAGGCUGGAAAAGCUGAAAGGCCUUCAAAUAGCACAAACAUGAGGACAUUCAAGGUACUUUACUGUUGUUUCAAGUUCACGAAAAGAGCUCUCUGAGAAUGAAGCUUUAAGCGAGGUUCUCUGAGAAAAGUAUAUCUCACACAUCCUUAUAUAUCUCUCCCCUCUCUAGUCAAACAUAGCAUUUUAAGCAACCACUACGGCGCAUGCGACAACAGAGUCAGUUCUCGAUCCCAGUCUUACGCUUCUGACUCCGCGCGUUAUCCGCAGAAGAGUUCUGGGGUCGAGUGACUGUUUUGAGCUAAUUUACGUAAUCGCGAUUUUUCCAGCCCGUCCAAUUGGUGAAGUUGCCUCAUAGCCCUUUGGGACAGAAACGGAGUGAGGGUUUGUUUUUUGGGGGCAAAAUCACAUAUUUUGGUGGGAAACUGGGUAAAGAUUCAGCAAGCUUUACUCGCACCCACAACAAAAUGUUUAAGAAGCACCGAGCUAUAUUGGCCAACUAUAAAGAUGAUGAUUCGUUGAAUGUAGCAAGAGACAACGUGCCGGGUGCUGUAGGAUCCAGUCAUCAAAAUUUUCGUGAACACACCGAACAGUAUACGAGAAACGCUGUCUGUACAGCUUUAAGAAUGAAGGCGAUGCUAAGAUGAUGUAUCGUUUUUCUUACGAUACAGGAAGAGGAUUUGCAGGAAAUGCUUAGAGCGUCAAAAGAGCUCGAAGACAAUUAUGGGAAGUUCUUUGAUUUGACAGUGGUCAAUAAAGACACCGAAGAAGCUUAUAACAACAUCAUUGAAGCAGUUGAGGGGCUUGAACGGGAAGAACAAUGGGUACCAAGAGACUGGGUCCAAUAGACCUGAGAUGAAGUGUAGCCUUAGAAAACAGCCGACAUUUCACGACAC